AUGGCAUCGCCGCCCGCUGCCGCUGAACCGUCCAAGGCCGCGCGUGCGCCACCAGCUAACCCGGGGCAAGCCACAGGAAGCAGCGGCGACGACGGCCAACAAGACCAAGGCGCCUCUCGAAGCGACGAACACGGGCAGCCUGAGCAACGAGUCCCACCUGCCGCCGAGCCGAUGUCCGAGGCGUCCGGCGAUGGCCAACUCCUCACGGACGGGAGGGCCUCACACGAGGGCGUAGCGGUACCGGCGCGAGCUGCUGUAAGCGAAGGUCAACUCCUCGCGGAUACGGGGGCCUCACACGUGGGCGUAGUGUUGAGCGCUGCCCUCGCGAGAGCAUCGACGGCCAGCGCCAGCAUCCCGAGCAGCCAUGGUGACGGGGGAUGCCGAGUCUCACAGUCAACAGCAGCUUCUGCGCGCAGACUCCAGUCCGCGGCAACAUCGUUUGCACGCUCGUCUUCCGUGCCCCCGCGCGUGCGUCUCGUCACACCGCGCUACGUCUUCAGUGAGCACGGAGUUCCUGUGUCGCGGCCCGCGUUGGUGGGGGUGCCAGCUACACUGGCGGACAUCGCUGCUGACGCACCCGUCCGAGAUGGCGUCGAAGGCGGGUGUUUGUCGGAUCGAGACUUCGCCGAUCUGGCGCGAAUCAUACGCGAGGACGUGCGCGCCAACACAUUGCAGCCUGUUCUGACCAUGCCGCUGCCACAAGCAGCCUCUCUGGCAGCUUCAGGCGCGCAGGUUCUGCGCGAGGCGCUUCCCGCACUUCGUUACUUCGGUGUGGAACAUUUCGCGGGUCACACACUGGCCUCGCCGCGUUACCUUCACUUGCUUCUUGCGCACAUUCGGGCCCUGGAGCAACUCGUCCAAGAUCCGCAAGUCGCGGACACGGCAGCAUGGUUGACGGAGUGUCGUCGCCUGAGCCACGAGCUCCAGAACCAGCGGGCAUUUUGGUCCGAGCGCGUCAAAGUUGAACGUCGGCGCGGCAUUGCAGCUCACGAACGCUUCGUUGACGAGAGCAAGCGUCAUCAUGCGUUUGAAGUCCAAGAACGAGAUCGGCGCAUCGAGGAGCUGACGACGCGCCUUCGCGCAAGCGAAGAAAUAGCACACCAAGCCGAGGCAGCAAGUGGCUUGCUUGAGACUCGACUACGGAAUUCCCGGCUUUCAGACCCUUGGUCCUUAAUGGACUUCCAUUACCAGACGGGCACAGCCCCGCCUCCAGAUUGGGUGACGCGUGUGAACGUAGAGGACUUGCGGGCGUUCGACUUCAACGCGCCUCCGUAUCCAUCAGCCACGGAACGGGCCGCGCAGUCCGAUAAUGCAGUGGAAAAGCAAAGCCGUGGAGAUUGUGAGGCGCUGGAGGAGGCUGAAUCCGAGACCAAGGCUCCAGCACCAACCUCGGUGCUGUUCCAAGUCACUUCUGAGGAGCUUCAACGCGUGACCUCUCCUCAUCGAGACUCAGCCCUUGGGCAACCUCCCAUUCCUGAGAAGAAGACGCCCACGCCCAGCGCCAAAUCCAAAUCGCCGUCCAAGCCUGCACGUAAUCCGAAGCCAGCUGCCAAAGCCCGGUCUGGGUCCGCAGAGGAGUCUAGCGAGAGCUCACACUCGGUGGUGGACUUGACACACCCGAGCCUGCAACAAUGCAGCCUCUGUCUCAGCCUCAAGCUCGGCCUAGCGACUACUCGGGAAGUUCCAGAGGUGCACGUUCACGCAACGCCAAUGACAUGGAGUGAAGUGCGCGCCGACGUCAAGGAGCUCACGCUCUUCGGGACGUCGUACUUGGACUCGCUGGCGUUUGCGCGGAUGAACACUGCGUUGCAUACGCAGUUCCGGCAAAAGGAGCUAAUGCCGAUGCUGGAAUCAAUGGCGUACUGGAACCGGAUGGAUUCCACGCCGUGGGUUCGCAAUGUCCCAGAGUGCUUCUUGGACCAAGCUGUGCAGAACCUCUCCCGGCGUACGAGUGCGCCUCCAUUCUGGCCUGACUUGCCGUCCGAGAGCUUGUCUCCUUCCGAGUCCCUGUCUCCACUUCCAGGCAACUCAGACAGGGAUGAUGGCAGCAACACCUUCCAGUCGGACUUCUCAUCUCUCUCCUCGCAUGGUGACACGGGGGAUGAAGACUACUCGGCCCGGAAACGCAAGGAUUCAGGCCAAAGUGGUGGGUCCUCCAAAAGGUCCAAGCCUCCGGCUAAGGCGCGGCCCAGCUCAGUGUCAACGCAAGACCUGGUGGUUGUCAAAGUCCCAGCCUCGAAGUACCGGCUGUACAAGAAGGCGCUGAAAGACAUGACGCCCCAAGAGAAGGACAUCAUCGAGAUUCCGGACCCCACCGACAAAAGCUGGCGUUACUUCGGGAUUCUGGUCCAGAAGCAGCCGCUGACCAACCAGGUCCCUCAGAAUCUGGGAUUUCCCAGCUUCGUGCCAGUCAAGACUCAUAUGGACGAGAUCAAAACACGUUGGGACCGAGCCAAAUACGAGAAGCUACUCCAAGCUGAACCCUGGGCUGCCAUGACAAGCGCGUCAAGGUCUUCUACUUUCACUUGCGCCAACAGCUCCAACUGGAUUUCCUUCACGGGAUUGCUCGCUUCAUCGGGUGGAUGCGCAAAGCCGCUCGGCUCUACUGGGAAGGCGGACAUUGGGUCACAAUUGACGAAUCCGAACCCCAAUCCCGAGGCCUUCAUACCGACCGCAAAAAGGAUUCGUGCCGACAAUUUGGUGGGAACCUGGUAUCUGGGUGGCUGCCCUUGGAUCUGGCGCGACUUGGAGCACGAGCCGGACGUGUUCAAGCAGCUUGCUGCUUUGGACGAAGACGAACCCAUCAGAACCCAGUGGGCGGCGCGACGCAACGACGACGCCUUCCUGCGUCUCACCCCAGUCGAACUUCGCGCAGACAUGCUGAAUCCCACGCAGCGCCGCCAGAACCCGUUACCUCUGCCGCCAGCCUGA